GUGCCAUCCGUCGCGAUUUGUACGCGUCGCCCGUGUGUCGUCUGCGCGCGUCAAGUGUGCCGAUUCGAAUUGUUAUUGUCGUGUUUUUAUUUUUAUUUAUUUUUUUUUUUUACCCUCAAUUUUCUAUAAUUAUUUCGAUACUCGAUUGUGACCCGCGGUUGAUGGACAAUACCGAUGAUAUUUUCGCCGCGCUAUCAACAUUGAUACCUACCAUUAUUAUGCCUUUGUCGUAACGAAUUCGGUAAGUUUUUAUUGUCUCGUGAUAGUUCUAAUGUUCCGAUGAGAACAUUUGUUUUAAAAUUGUUUUUUGUGCGUUGCCCCGCAAUUAUUACCGUCGCCAACCCUCUUUAUUAAUAAUAAAUCACGAACGGAUCGGUAAUAAAUCGGUUUUUUUUUUUUAUUGUUUUUUCCAAACUCGUUCCCCGGGGGGGUUCUAGUAUUCUCCGACCGAUCCGCCCACCGAUUUCGCAGGUUCCGAAAAUCGUUUUUUCGCCGCAUCGUCCACCGGUGCACGAAAACAUGUAGGUACCUUAAUAACUGACAUUGUGGACCGACGUACACAUUAGGCCGUUGUUCAAUGUUUACCAGGGGAUAAAACCGAAUCACGUCGAUUAGCAAAUCGUAAUAUUCAAAACGGACUGCCGUUUUCGAUUUCAAACGUGAUGUCCGUACAAUGGGCAGCUCUACAUAAUACCUAAUUGCCCGGACGACUCUAUUGAAAACGUUUAACAAUCGAAUCCGCGGACUACCCCGUCCCCACCCUCCAACCCUCGCCAAUCGAUUAAAAUACACUCGUACAUCGCAGGCUUAACGGUUUACCGGGAUUAUAAACCUAAUUGCGGUCGUCUUUCCGCUUUUACUACCCAUUUAUACUCGUUCGAACCCCCUCGCGUUAUAUUAUUGUUCACCUCUAAUAUAAUGUGUACUGCUGCUCCUGUUGCUGCCGAAUCGCGGUAGUUACCAAUACGGAUCCUUCGAGACGUAUUUAUAUCGGCGUAAUAAAUAUUUCCGAUAUCGGGUAGGUAGUUGUAUAGGUAGGUAGGUAGGUAGGUAGGUAUUAUAAACACUAGUCGUCGGACCAAUUACGAGAAAACGAAAUGAUUCAUCGUCGUCGUCGCGACCGUGUGCAAUUCGACAUUCGUUCGUAGGUACACGCACAAGUAAUAUUAUUGUACCGACUCGCGUUUGUUAUGCAUUAAACAUUGUCCGAGACGAUUUUUUUUUUCGCGUAGACCGUCUGCACAAGUGGGUAGAUUUACAAUCGUACGAUUUUAAACGAACUCGUAUAAAUUGUCAUCGUGUUAAAUGAGGGGGUAACGAUCAAAUAAAAAUAGCAUAUGUCUACUCGAGGGGGCUGCGCGCGACUUGCCGGAAACGCGAUUUACUGGGUUAACUGUUCUGCAUCGCAGAGCCGUCCGAUUUUGAUCGUUUUUAUUGUUUCGUCGAAAAGACCGAAAAAUCGUGUAGGGCUCUCGUCGGUCUACGAGGCGGUAGAGUUGUAACCCUGCGAAGCAUUAAGAGUUUUUUUGUGGUUCGUGCGGUUGUAUAUAAUGCAAAAUCGAAGUACAAUGCGCACCGCUGGAAGUUGUCCUCUUUCAAAUAAUUGUAUCGAAAUCGCAUGACUCUGCGAGGAACGGAGUGUUAACAUCUAGUAUACCAUGUUUUGAGCAAAAAUAAAAUUUGAUUGCGUUCUUUUGUUAAGAAUUGUUACGAUUUUACGAUUGUAAAUGUUUAAAAUUUGUAAGAAAAAAACAACGUGCAGGGCUAUUAGUCAUUUUUUUUUUUUUUUCAAAAUUGGUUUUAUACUUACUAUUGGAACGUGCCGUUAUUUCGAAGGUGUCUCGUCUACAAUACAUAACAGCAAAUUGUAAUAUAUUACGAAUACACGGAGAGUAAUAAUUGGGAGUGUCGCUUCUACCCCAAACGCCGUGAAACACUUGUGUAAUUUGGAAGACCCUGAAUAUUGCAUAUUAUUAUAUAUUUAUACAAUAAGAGACUCUGGGAUUUUAACGGAACAAUAACAACAUGUGCUGGGUAUUCGAAAAAAGGACGAAGGUCGGCGUGUUUUAUUAAAAUACGACGCAGGGACACAACGGUAAUAGCGCAACAUAUCAAAGACUAUACCUAGGUACUUGAAAAACACGAAUUUGUUUUCUGUACAUCGGAAUAACGGUCGGGAAAAUAUACCGAGUUCUCGCUGUAUGUAUAUGGGUAAUUUACUGUGGGUAAUCACUCCGAGGAUAUUUGAUAAUAUUAUUUAUUUCGGUAAUAUAUUGUAAUUUGCUUAUUAUGCGCGUAUACACUUAAGAUUAAAGUAAUAACACUUGUACAUGUAUGUAACCCGAUCGCGCCGGUUAUAAAAGACGAUACCCGAUAAUAAUAAUUAUACUGCAUAUACACGUAUUAUUGCGGGUAUAGUUUACUUGCACAACCGCGCGACCGGCCCGGUAUAUUAUAAAAUGUGACAUAGUGAACUAUACGAAAAAAAAAAUAAUAAUAAUAAUAAAAAAAUUAGUCCGUUUCGUCGGCGCGCGGUCGGUCACAGCGAUUCGAACAUUUUAUAACUUCCUGUUCGCGUAAUGUAAUCUAUGUGAUAAUAUUAUUAUACCGCCGAAUACGCCUAAACGCGUGCUAAGAUGCGUAGCCGCCGGCACGGGUAAAGAAGCCGUAAAGAAAAGGAAAAAACCGGUACACGACGAGUUGUAAUAUUUUGACGAUCGAACGAAAUUAUAUUCACUUAUUACGUCACGUUUCCGACUCGUAACGUCACCGCGGCCGGUGUUCGGCAACUCGUUGCACUUUCCACCUGUGGCGGCGGCCGGAGAGACCGUUUUGUUUUUUUUUGCAGAACGACCCGAAGCGAAAUUUUUAAAAAAAAAAGUAAUAAUAAAAACGAUAUUUUUCGUGGCGGCGGCGGCGGCGAUGUUUCGUCAUCCGCAUACCUGCCGCCGAAUCGAAAUAAAUCCGGGAAAAUUCGAAAAAAAAAAUCGUUUUACUACACAGUAUGCAUUCUACUGCUGCGGUACUGUACCACGCAUACUUCGUCAUGGUUUCGGUUAAAAACGAUCCUCGACCUCGUCGUGCGCGUACAGCGCCAGGCGUCGGCGCGUUCCGAUUAAAAAAAAAAAAAACAAAACAAUAAACGACGAGAUGAUUCGCCGCCGCACAGUUAUUUUAAUAAAGCGCAACGUAUAUAACAAUACGCGCGUUUUCCGCGGCUGUGAUAUUAUUAUUUUUUUUUUGUAGGUACAGCGAGGUGACCGCCGACCGGAAGGCGAUGUGACCACUCUCGUUAUAAAUAUACGGCCAGAUCUCCUCAUGCACGCGCGAUGCGUUUUAUGGUACCUGCGGAUGCGCUCGCCGCUGCGCAUAGGUAUUUUCACUGUCUAUAGCGAAUUCGUCGACCUUGAAACGUCCGUCCGACCGACCGAUUGAUUGUCCGUGUGUUUACGUUGCUGUUGCACACGCGCGCGCGCCCGGUAUACGGCAACCGAUUUAAUGUAUAAAAAAUAAUAAUAAUAAAAUAGACGGGUGUAUCGGAAAAACGAUCGACGUUCAAAUGGAAACUCUUUAAAGAAAACGGUUUCGAAAAAAAAAAUAAACACCCCGUCAAAAAGUGUUUAAAAUGUUUUUUUUUUUUCACCAGCCCGCGGUAACAAAUGUUCUAUUUACAAACGGGUGCAGGCGAGACAAUUCACUUCCGAAAAUUAUUUAUUUUUUUUUCUUUCGCCUCACGGACGGGUGUCUUAACAUACGCUAUAAUAAUAUUAUAAUGACUUAUCGUUUGGGAGCAUUGGUAUUUUUUUUUUUUUUUAAUUUUUCAGUCGGAAUAGUUGUUUAAACGAGUUUUUUUCAUAAGCGAUAUUAUUACGUAUAGGUACAGGAUGUGUACCGCGCAUAAAGACGUUCGGAAAUACGCUAAAUGAAAUUUAAAAUAAAAAAAUGCCCACGUUCGUUUUGUUCCGCGCGCACAUCACUGUUUUAUACACAUAUAUAAUAAUAAUAUAUUAUGUAGAAUGAGAUUUGUACGCGAUAUCGGGUGCGUCAUCUGUUCGUAGAAAAACGCCGGUGCACACGCCGCGGCCAUUCGGUGACGUCAAUCACGACCGUUGAAGUCUCUUUCCGACCGGUUUUUCGAUACUAUUAUUGUUAUUAAGUAUAUAUAUUAUAGUCUCCUACCUAACUGUAUGACAAUAAUAUUUACUAUCGGAAAAACAAACUAAAAAUUAUUUACUUUUAUACGCCUAAAUAAAAUACAACGGUAUUAUUGUAUCCGACGACCGUCUACUGGCUACUACUCGUAUAUCGUAGUAACGUCGAAUUAUCGUAAAUUUGAAACAAAUAAUAAUAAAUAGCUACUAUAUACACGGGACUUUAUAAACAAUAAUGUGACGGUGUAUAUUUUUUCCUUAUACGAAUAUUAUAUUAAAAUAUCCAUCUAAUCAUUUUAUAUCGCAGACACCACACUAUGCGCAGCAACUUUACAUAGACGAGUGUACGAAUAAAUCUGCAUAGCUCGGCGAUCGUAUAGAUAGAUAGAGUGCGAAUUUGUUUCGAUUAAUCCUCGUCGUGAAAUGUAAUAAUGAAAUAAAUCGAAAUCGAUCGCAAAUUGUUUCCGUCUGUUAUAUUCAAAUACCCCCCGAUUCACGGCGUGACCAAAUAUUUCACGGGUUAAUCGAUAUGACAUUUUAAUUCAAUCUUAUGGCUGUUGAUUUCGUAGGCUAUCUUUUAUGAUAACAUACUAUUACGGCUAUCUUAUAGAGUUGUUUUGCCGUUUAAGCUUUUUGUAGAAAUUCGAUAAAACGUGCACGUGCACUCGAAAUUUACGUGGCCGCGGAACAAAAAUAUCGUUGGGACAUUUUCUUCGCCACCUGCGACACGAUUAUUACAUCGUAUCCAACAAUAAUACUAUUCGUCGAUAUGUAACGAAAUCCGUAAAUACGCAGCAGAAAAAAGAUCACUCAGAUCACGUUCGGCGAAUAUAUGGAAUUAUAUCGGAAUUCUGUCGCGAAUCUCGGGCAGAAUCAUUAAUCAUCGAUCGGCACACGACGUUGACGUCUCGAAACGAUUUAUGCGUCGAAAAUCGACAGAUUCGCAUAAACUAUAUGAUAUACGGGGUUCGCCAGUGAAAUGUUAUUUGGAUUUCGACGAGAGUAACAAUAAUGCUGCCGCUAUACGGCUAUAGACCGCAAAAACGAUAAUACCCGUGUAAGUACUAUACAAUACACUGCCAUGCGGUUAUACGACCGUUUAAAAUUAUUGCCGCCGCUAUACAUAGGUACCCGGAGAUAUUAUUUUGUAUUAACGUUUUAAAACAAACUAUUCGGUUUUCGUGAAACGCAAGUGCCUGUACCACGCCGGCGCAGCGCAGCAGUAUCUCGGUUACGAGACGGCGGAUGGGUGUUGGUCCGCCGCGGUAUAUUCACUCCUUUCGGUCGUCGCGAACCCCUUUUUCCCGUCGACGUUUUCCGGCCGAAACCUCCGCGCCGAGGAGAGGGGGAGGGAAGGGGAAGUUCCGGACGAACGGCGGCGGCGACGUCCGGGCCAUCACUCGUAGAGCCGGCGGUAAUAAUACGAGUAUAUACGCGCGCGUAGUAUUAGAACCGGACCCGCCCAGGCAAAUUUUACGCUCCAUUAACGGCGCGCGGCGGUAAACGACUACCUAUACGACGAUCGUCGUCAUAAUAAUAAUAAUAAUAUGUAAUAAUAUCUCGUGUGUGUGUGUGUGUGUGUGUGUGUGUGCGUGCGUGUGUGCGUGCGCGCGCGCGCGCGCGCUAGCGAGCGAGUUCGCCGGUGCGAGGAACAUCAUCAUCGCGCAUCAUAUCAACGACCUCGUUGACCGUAUAGUCGUCGUCGUAAGUAAUAAUAAUAAUAACACGAGAGCGAAUAUUAGGCGUUAUUAUUAUUAUUAUUAUUAUUAUUAUUAUGUGAGAACUGAAAUCGAAAACCUAUUGCGCAACAUAACAUUUUAUUAUACGGACUGUGUGCUGCGCCGCCGCGGAUAGACGGAUAGAGACAGAGAGAGACAAAGAGAGAAGCUGUAAUAAAAUUAUUAGAACAUAAUAUACUCUGGGGAAUAAUUAACGCGAGCAUGUUCGAAAAUACGGCUCCGGGGUAAAAAAAUGAACGAAAACGCGCGCCUGCACGGUGUAAGACGGGCGCGCUCUUCUUCCAUUGUUCCGGCUCGACGCGGGGGAGUUUUUUUUCCAUACGCUUCUUAUUUCCACCAAAGGGUAUUCUGUGAAUCUCUCUCUCUCUCUCUGUGUCUAUCUCUUUCUCUCUCUGUACACAUAUACGCGCGCGGUACAUAAAAAACAUAACGACAAAGAAAACGUACACGCACUAAAUCCGUAAUACACGCGGUACAUCUUAUAUUUUUUAAAAAAAAGGGGCGGAGGAAGUGAACGAAAAAGUAAAAAUGUUUGUACGUCGUCGUAUACAUCGUCGAUUCGUAAUGUACGUAAGUACGCGAUAGCGUUCUCGUGUGAAUCGUAUUGUGAUGAUUGUACACGAGUAUCAUUGACGAUAUUUUGUAAAAUCCCAUCUUGUACAAUACGUACGCGUUGGUUACAUAAUGAUAAUCGAAAAACGAUCGCGAAAGAAAUUUCGUUGAUAACGUUUUUUUUUUUUCUGAUACACAUGUAUAAACCUUAUAAUUAUGCACACUUGCUCGUAGCGUAUGUAUGUGUACAAACGUUGGACCGGUCAAAGAAACGCCGCCAUUAUUUCGACAUUAUAUAUUAUACGCGAUAACUAGCGAUAGAAGAAAAAAAAAUACACCUAUAUAUUUAAUAUUACGUUUCAUCGAUCCGCGAAAUAUAUUAUUAUCAGGUAGGUAGGUAGGUAGGUAGGUAAAUCGCCAUUGCGCUCGAAGCGAAUUCGUAAUAAUUCAAAAAAAAAAAACUCGACCGUUACGUGAUAACAGCUGUAACGUUCGGUUUAUCAGACGAUAUGAUUGUUACGUAACAAUGAUAAUUAUUAUGUUAUUAAUUCCCAACGUAUUUCGCGAGUGUGUCGAUUUUCGUAUAGUAAGGUUCGCGCGUAGGUUCGUCCCUUUUUAUGGAACAAAAAAAAAAAAUAAACCGUUCAAACACGAUUGUUGGAAAUGUGUAGGUAUCAUAUAGCCGUACAAUUAUAAUACAUCGGCGAAUUUCGAUCAGAAUUACACAUUUAUAAUAUAGCAGGCCGAUUCGAAUACGACCAAUACGUUACUCGCUCCGCUCGGAAUUGGCAAAAAAAAAACCGUACGAAUAAAACCGCACGGGUAAAGUAAAACCGAUACCCGAAAUAUUUCCGUCGAAAACAAAACGCGAUCGGCGGAAUUGUAUAUUAUUAUGACGCGUGUGUACAGUACGUACGUGCGUAUUUAUAUUAGAAAACGGCUGCGAGAUGCGCGCAGAUUCCGGCCGAACCGCAGACUUUCCGACGACGGCAGGAAGUUUGUUGUGACCGCGCGCGCCGGGAUGUCCGACGGGGAAGCGGCGGAGAGCGCGAAAACGAAACCUCGCAACCGACGCGCGCGCGUCGUCGUUCCAUGUGCAGCGAUAAUAUUUUUUUAUAGCUGGUCACAUCCGUUUCGCGUACAUGGAAACGACGGGUAUUCCUUUUAUGCGCCGUGUCGACGACGUUUGCCCCGCGACGCGCGUAUCGCGUCCAUGUCCUUUUUGUGCGAUCCGUACGCCGUCGUCGCGUUGUAAUUAACAGGAAACGCGGGCGAAAUGUACGAGGGGAAAAAAACCGAAGAAAAAAUACGAGUACAAUAGAAAUUACGUCGUAUCGGGGCCGUAUGUAAACACGUACCUACGACACUGCGGGGGCUCCCCCGUCGUCGGAGGGUAAAAAUCACGUAUCCGAAAUCCCGAAAAACCUAUACGAAUUACCGCGGACGUAUAGUACCGCCCGGAAGACCGGGGAGUGGGGGGGAGCAUAAGUAUCGUAAAAAAAUAUUUAUUUUUUCCCCCGUGAUUAUUAUUCGGGCACUCGGCCAACCUUAAUAAUAGAAAGAAAUAAAGACGAUAAUCGCCGCCGAUACUACGACGGGUAGAAUAAUACGGUACGAGUAAUCGUGCUCCGAAUAACAAUAAAAAAAAAAAAUAAAAAAAAAAACGUCAUCUUUCUAACGUUCUUUCUGUAUAGCAUCGCCUUCUGAAUAAUAUAAUGUGUCGUAACGUACUUGUUAUAGGCACGCACGCAGGCGUUCGAACAAUUUUUCAAUAAUAUAAUUUGCCGACGGUCGAUUUGUGUCGGUUAUAUUUUUUCUUGUCAACGUGUUUCGGUUUUUACCAUUUUUCAAUGAUUUCCUAAUUUAAUCUUUUUGAUGAUAUGUCGUGUUUUUUAAAAACCGGACUCCUCCCCAUCCGAAUGAAGCCGAAAGGAUGCCAUUUUGUGUAUUGCUCACGGCCAUGGUGUAUUCGGCAAUUAUUUGUUAUUUUGCAAAGGAUAUUUCCUAAUAUAUAAAACAGGCUGGAGGGGGAAGGGGGAAGUUCGACUCUAGUGACGGAGCUCUGGCUGUAACUCCCUGGUGUUUUUUUAUUCUUCUAUAAUACUGACGAAAAUAUGUCGAUAUUGUUUUUGUCGAACGUCCAAAAUAAUUAAUCGUAAAUACCCUAUAAAGAUGAAUAGAUAUAUGGUAAUUAUACGCGUAUUAGUUAAUAUUAUCGUUGGAAAAUAUUGAUACAGUCGUUGGCCAAUAAUUUAUUAAUAAACGAUAUUAUAUUCGAAUCUUUUUGGCAAUAUUCGAUUUGUUUUUUUUUUUGCCGGUCCGGAAAUAGUCCAAAAUAUUUUACGUCUUUUAUCUUAAACUUGUCUCGACGUAAUCGACGGACGACACAGCAAAAUAACGUUACUUACAUUAAACGUAUUAAACUGUCGUCGUUCGGAUCGGAGUUUAAAACGCUAGAAUACCGAAAUUCACGGAGAAAAUUAUUUCCGAUGGUAGCUAUUGAUCGGGACAAAAUGUUUGUACAAAACAUUUACAGCAGUUAUAAAACGAAAACUAACGAACGUUCAUUGUAAAACACAAUUACGUCAGGGAAAAGCUAUACGUAGUUUCGAAAAUAUUCCAUACUCUUUAAAUCGUCCAUACAUUUUUGUUUAAACUGGUAAUCUCAAUCCGAACGGUCGCAGUUUAUGUUCUCCAGUAUAACGUAAUUUCGCCAUGCGUUGGUCGGACGAGGAGACAAUAUAAGUUCGUGCCGGGUAUACGACAUCGGUGUUAAGUACCUAGUACCUACCCGUGCAUAUUUUAUAGAAUCGGUUUUUCUUUUUAAAUUCGAAUCGGCGCCCGUUGUAUAUUAUACGUAUAGGUGUGUAGACAGACAAACACGAGUGUGAUAUCGUAACGAUAAUAAUUAUUUGACCAUUAGUAUGUAACGUCCGUGCGUGUAAAUAUAAUAAUAAAAUACUCGGCGGGUUUCGAACGCCCGCCGGAUUUUUAAUGCCGUUAAUAUAUUUUGAACGUACCUAUCUGCACCUACCGCCUCUAUACGGUCGCGUAUGAUGUGUUUACGAAUGUUCACACGUACGCGUCGUUUUAUACGUGUACACAAUUCGUGUGCGCAUUGUAUGUAAAACCGAUCGUCGGUAGUUUUUUCCGACUGUAAAAAACUAAAAAUUGCGUUUUCCGUAUUGUCCGUACAUUGACAUGUAUCAUUUUAACGACGAUUUACGAAUUCAUCUGAAAUCUGGCCUUUCCGACCGAAAAGUCGCGCGUCUAUUAUACCAGCUAACACUUUCCGACGAUACGCGGCAAAUCCGUAGAUAAAUACAGAGGGUAAAUUGUUAAUCACAUUAGUUUGUACACUAGAUUCCGGAACACCACGAUUUUCCUAUAAAAUUACUAAAGAUUUCCUGUAAGAUUACCAAACGUAUGCACACUGGUUUACCCUCUGGGAUGAACCGAAACUGAGGUUAUAGCGGGAAGUGCGUGGGAUUACAGAAAUCUUCUGGUUUUAACGCCAUCUACGUGUUAAUUGGUGAACACAACCGAUAAAAAUACCCAUUCAAAAACGGAACACAUUUUCAUUUAAAAAAAAAAAAUAAAAAUAUGCGUGGCAUAUUAUUUAGUUAUACGCUAAACACGUGUCAAAGGAUCACACCACCAUGGGCCAAGAUAUCCGUUAUGUAAGAUUGUUUCCAUAAUUAUAUGCUACACCGGAUGGCGUUCGAUGGUCGCCCGGUUUUUACGUGUAGCGCGGAAUAAUGUUAAAUGCGAAACAUUUGAUAGUUCGAGACCCCUAACUUGUUCGAUGCCUGCCCAUUAUAUCUUGGUCUGUGAUAUACGUUUACACUAUUGGUUAGGUAUGGUAUUGAUGACAACUCGACGUAUUUGGGUUGUAAGCCGCACAUGUGUACACGCCGAUGCGUAAACAUUGAAAUUUCACAGGGAAAAAAUCUCGGCCGACAACGAUUUUUAUCGCGAGAUUUCUAUUGUUAGUUAUCACUUUAUCAGUAACUGAUCAAAUCACCGUCGGCGACAGCCAUGACGCGUACCAAAGAAUUCCGAAUGUACUGCGAUAUUAAUUUUUAUAUUUUAAUCCGGGCCCUGAAAUGUAAUGUCGAUAAAAUCGCAUUGGUGCGAAACGAAUAAUUGUUUCGUUUUAAUCAUUUUAAUGACAAUAUUUAUCGGUGAAACUUGAAUUUUUAUUUUGAAAAAAAUGUCCUACAUUAAUAAUUUUCGGUUAAAUUGUACCCCCAGCCCCCUAUCGACCAGUCAAAUUAUACGGUAUGUAUUUUCGUUCACCGUCAAUACGAUGAUAUUAUUUGCGGGUACGGAACCUCGGCGGGACCACGAAGAUGCAUGUGUCCUGCACAUGGUGCGAUUAUAAUAAUAAUAACGUAUAGUAUUAUUAUCAUUAUCAUUAUUAUUUAUAUACAGUUACCGGGUUACGGUGUUCGAAUUAGUCGCCUAUUCAUAUGUGUAUACCUAUGGUGUAGGUAUACACUUACACCGGGCGGAUCCGUAACUCGCGUUCGUUAAUUUACAUGACGUAGAAAUCCGCGCGCGUUUCGACACACACGUGACCCCGUUUAUAAUAAUAUAAUGGCCCGAUCGCAGGCCCGUCGUUUUAUCCGACAGCGUUUUCAUACACAUACAGGUGCAAUAUUACACGAGAGGAGGGAGGCUUUCCCGAAACCGUAAAAAAAAAAUCAACAAUAUCUUAUCUACAAACGCGGGACACUGUUACUUUAGAGCCCUUUCAUAAGAACGGUUAUUUGUUAUUAUAUUAUUAUUUUUUUCUUUACGACCCACUGGAAUUUCGAUACGCAUUCCACUUUGUGUUCUAAAACGCACUAUUUAAGACUCGUCGAGUGGGUAUAAACUGUGUCAUGAGGCUCGAUUAACAAAAAAAAAAUCUAUUUUUUAUCGCGUGUGAAAAGUAUCUAUCGUAACGCCCCUUGAAAUUCUGGAUCCAAUGCUCUCGCUUCUCUGCUCCCCUAAAUACGCCCCUGUCUACGCCACCAAAAAACAGUAAAAAUUCUGACUGCAGUUCUGAAGUGAAAUACGGUUGUAUUAAUAAACUUUAUAUAACUAACACGUCGUGUUCUCGUCUAUACACAGUAUACACUUCUCCGGUCAAGUGAAAAUCUUCAAUUUAAUAUUAUUAAUAAUAAUAAUAAUGGUUUUCUUGUUCGUCACAACUAAGGUAACCCUCGAAUAAACGAAAACAAAUACCUAAACAACUAGAUAUUCGAAUACCGAAAACACCUAAAAACUCCAAUUUUAUCCCCUUGAAUUUUCAAAAAUCCUCUCUUGACGAAUACCUCCGUCAUAAUAGCUAUCUGUACGCCAAAUUUCAGCCCAAACCGCUGAAUGGAUCGGGCUGUGCGAUGACAGAUCGGCCGAAUCAGUCAGGGGUUGGUUUUUUUUUUUUUCAAUUAAAAAUGGUGUCCCACUGAGUGCCGGUGAUAUAAAUACUGAUAUAUUUCCGAGACUCUUGCGCAGCAUCUCGCCCGCGCGGUUUUUCGCGAAUUCCAGCGAAAUUUCUGUAGAACCGGCCGAUAUUCUGCCCCGGCGCCGACUCGGCGUACCGUCUAUAUCUCGUGACACGCGUAUAACGGCGUUUUUUCCGGAUAUCCGACGGCCGGGUAUCGCAUCGCCCCGCGUCCGCGUGACGACUGUAUAUUAUACGCAUGCAUAUAGAUAUAUUUGUUGGGUAUAUAUAUAUAUACGGCAACGGCGAUAAAGACACGCGAUGUUAUACCGACGACGAUAAAAAAAAAAAAAAAAAAAAACGAUACGAUGAGAGAGAGAAACAGAUAGAGACUGACGUGUGCGCGUAUGUAUCGUGGAGUCGGUAGGUGCAUUCCGAAUGAGCAUCCCGGUUGCCGCGGCGGCGGCGGCGUCGCGGAGAACGCCACCGAGCCGCGGAAAAAUCUCCGCGCAAACUGGUUCGCGACCCACAGGUGUUUCAGCGACGGCGGCAGCCGGCGUGCGCGCGCGCGUGUGUGCCGGAAACCGUUAUGUAUACCUCGCGGACCGUGCGUGUAAUAUGCAAAUAUGCGACCUUAUCGCCGUCAUCCCCCGUCCUCGCCGCGGCGGGACCGUCUAAUACGCAGUGUAAUCGAUACAAACAAUAUAUAAUACCUAUAUUAGUUCGAAAUUACGAAAAGAAAAAAAAAACACGCCGACGGACGCGCGCCGUCGUUUCAGGAGGUCUCCCGUCGGCCGGAAAAUCGCCAGUUUUUCCCGUUCAAAACAAAGAAAAAAGACCGUCCCGACGCGAAAACCCUGCGAGAGAGUCGGCCGAACAGAGUUUUCUGCCGGAGCCGUCUACGGACAGAAAAAAACCCCCGCACGUUGCGUAACCGAUAUACAUUCCUCUCGCUUUAUUCGGAACCGUACAGACGUCGCGCGUGUCACUUACCCGUAACGCCCGGGACUGUAAUUCACCGACGGUCGCGCGUGCGGGUAGCGUGACGUCUCCCAUUGACGAUCAACGAGUUCGGUCGGGGUUAGGUUUCGGUGGCGGGAUGGCGUGUGCUCGGUCGAAGUGGUCGAAAACGCGGCCGUCUCAUUCGCUCCUGUGGCGUGUUAUUUCAAACGACAAUUCCGUCCAGUGGAUAAAAUAUCAAACUCGUACGCGUACGACAUUUUUUCAUACGAAAAAUUGAAAUCGAUAAUUUUAUAGAGUACUCGUUUCCGGAAAAAAAAAAUCAACGUCGCUUACCGCUCCUGUCACGCCAGACACCAUCGAUAAUAUAACUGUGCCAGACGAUCGGGCCUGACGUCAACUUCAUUAUUAGGGGUGGGAGACACUUUUUCGUUUUUCGCGCAUUUUCGUCGUGUACGGAGCCCGAACCGGGCGGGAUAGGAACUAAGUAAUAAUAAUACGAAUAUUAUUUUUGGGGUAUACGUCGGAAACGUCGAACGGCCCGAUUUUUCGAGAAAAAUUCGUCCGCGCCGGGUGCCGUAUAGAAGAAUUUUACUAUCGAUUUAAGUAUCGCGGCUACUGUAUUCUCGUUGUUGUUGUUGUUUCGUGUCCUCCCCGUACCUCCUCCUUCCCGCCUAGCGGCUCAUUGUUAUCCCGGCGUCGGGUUGCGGUCUGCCGGUUAAUAUUACCGCGAGACCGAGGAAACGCCUCCGCGCUUUAAUUACACGAACACGAUAAUAAUAUCCGAUCCGAUGCAACCGCCGAGGAGAUAAAAUUCUGAACUAUGGGCACAUUCGGUUAUUUACGCAAUGUAAUGCGGCCAUAGUGCUCGGGUUAUUGGGUUCCGGGAUCCGGCAUUUAACCUUAUAACCUUAUGGACCCUAUCGAUUUUUCAAAUAUACCGAUAUGACUUAAAUCGUUAAAGAUAUGAACAGGCCGUCGGCUGCGGCUGUUAUCGGUGUUCUCGCACACGAAGAUUUGUACGUCCUUCUGUACUGCAAUAUUGUAUAGUGCCUCCUUCUUUUUAAUCGUAUCAUAUCCGGUCCGAUAAACCGGCGUCGAAUUCUUCGAACGGAAAUGGCCCGUCCGUAUCUUUGGAUGAAAUCCCGCGCGUGUUAACCCGGACUCUGGUUUUCCAUAUCCUCGGCUCGAAUCGCCGGUAAAUAUAUUUGUAGGAGGUAACUAUCGAUGUGAUUAUUUUGUGUGCAAGUUCUGCUAAAAUAUUUCGUUCGAGAGGAUUUUUAAAUUUUAAUAAAUUUAAAAACCGCGUGUGUAGACUGAAAUGUGUGUUCAUAAGCGUAUAAUAAUUCUAUACACUUUAUUUUGAUGCACUAAAAUUGAAUGCUGUUGUCCUUGCACGGUCGCGGAAAAUGUCGACGCGUGAUUUUUAAACGUCGACGAGUCGAACUGACGGACGAGUACUGCGCAGGGGAACGUGACGGUUUAUUUCGCGUACGACGACAAACCACAGAUAAUUUUUCACUUCGAUAAUCGAAAUAUUGCCAGGUAUAUACCCAAACGUUGUUAUAUUGUUUUAAGGCGCAUACCUAUAAGUAAUAAUACGUUUUGAAUUGCGUACGUAUUGUAUUAUUAUUAUACACUCAGCUUAUACGACAACGUUUAGAGUUGAGGCGUACGCGAUUAUUAUAAUUCAGUAUUGGCCGGUCGAAUAACGUACGUACCUAACGAGUAGACAUAAUAUAAUAACGUUUUUAUAAUAUUCGUUAUGUCCGCAGAAGAAAAAAAACUAAUUUCGUAUUUUCGUCGCGCGCUCGUGUUGUAUAGGUAUUGCGCGAGCAAUCGUCGCUUUGCACAAACAUCGGUUAUAAAUCGCAAUAAUGCGAAUAAUUUCGAAGCUGCCUUGUCACUGACGUUUGUUUUCUUCGUCUUAACAUAAUAAUAUGACGUAUAGUAACUGCAGAGGCAUUCCGUACAUCCUGCAGGAUUUUCCGAUCGAGUUUAACGGGGUCGCUAUUAUUCAAACGAUUUUUUUUAAAAAAAUGUAUUUACAAGGGCUUCUUCGGAAGAUUUUUUCGUAGCGAUAUCCGUUCGUUUCCCAAAUCAUUAACGGUUAAAAUCGAGUUGAAUUCAAACGCACGCGUUUCAAGAUAAAAACAGACAUGUUCGAAGACGAAAAGGAGUACUCGCAUUUGUUUCUGCACGUUAGUAGUAUAUUAUUACGCGCGAGAUGGACAGACAAAACAAAGUUCAUUCUUAGCUCACGAGGUUCGCAACUCGACUACAUAAAAAAAAAUCUGCUACAUAUACGUCACCGCGAAAACGACGACGAUUUGAACGUACUCGUAAACGAUCGGCGACGUGACGACAUCGCGAUUUUUUUUAUUAAACACUGCCGCGUUCUUAUAGCCGGAAGGCGCGUGUGACGUUUAAAAUUGUAAUUUUUCCGCGUCAUCCGGACGAUAUACAGCGUGUGGACUAAAAAAUAACAAAAGUGUUUUUUUUUUUUUUUAAAUAUUCGUUCCAUUCUUCUUCGUGUUGUUAUUUGUUUUAAUUCGACCGUCAUUACAAUAUUAAUCAUUUUAAAAAAAAAAACCCCGGCGUUAAUUGCGACAAUUACCGCGGUAGUUUUUCCGAACGUUCCGAACGUAUAGUGCGUGGCGCAAGAGGGCCCGGUAGCAGAGAACCUGACCUUGACAAAUUACGAGACAUUUUGCGGCGUCCGUUGCGAAACGAAAACAAAAAAUGUAAAAAAACAAUAAUAAUAACAAUAAAAAUGAUGUUCGCGACUCGUACUACGGGUUGUAGUGCGAAGGUCGGGUAUGCGGCGGUAUUUAGCGAGGAUCGAAACGCGAAAUCGCCGGCACGAUUUUAUCACGCAGAGCAUAUAUGCCGAAGACGAGCUACGGAAAUAAUAAAAAACUGCGAACAAUAUUAUUAUACUUGUAGCACGACGACACGAGGCCGUCUUCGAAAAAAUACAUACCUCGCGGUGCACGAAAUUUUCCUGAUAAACACAAGCGGGAAGCGCGUAUCAAUACUUUGAUCGCACGUCGAUAUCUGACGAUUAUUAUUAUUAUAUUUUUUUUUUUCGAAAUUAUCACGCGUCGUGUUAAUAUUUAUAUUUUCGACUGGGAGGAAGCGAUAUUGCGUUAUUGUUUUGUGAUGACGUGUACCGGAUAAAACGUAUUGUAGAAAAUUCCGAAUUUGCCGCGUGACGAGAAAACGAUUUCGAAAAAAAUUAAUAUUCACGCCCAAAUUUUUAGUAGGAAAUUCUCAAUAAAUUUGCCUACCAUAUAUCGAAAACAUGACUAAUACGCAACAUCGCCCAUACCUAUGCGCUUCCUAAUAAUAUUUCGGUCUUCGAUCGGUUUAGCUAUACACAAUCGAACGAGUAAAACGUACCGAAUUGCUAUACGCGCGUGGUAAAAGUACUGGAAGGCUAGAAAACUGACCCAGUGUGCUCGCUUCUUUACAAAAUAUUAUUAAUACUAUUAUUAUAAGCGUAUUGUUGUUGUUGUUCGAAUGUGUUUCGGCGACGGCAAUCCGAAUGACCGCGUUGAAAACAAAACUACUACUGCUACGAAAAAGAAAAAAAAAACACCCACGCGCGUUUUUAAUAUCGUAUAUUAUUAUAAGGUUGUAAGGUCGAAGGUGUCAAGGUCCCGGACCCGGUUCGACCGCGCGAAAACCGUUCGACGGGUAACGCUUUUUAAAGUGGCACGAAACGGCAGAGGGUGUCGGGAUGGCCGCGGCGAAUUGUUCCGAAUUUAACGAGCACAAACACAAAAAAAAAAAAGUCUAACCCAUUCUUUCUUUAUUUAUUUUUUCGACAUUUGCGAAUGUACAGAACUCAUGUGGUCGUCAUAAUUUUGUCUUCUCCCUAGUAUACGUCUUAUGGUGUAAUUAAACAAAUCCGAACCCGAGAUAAAACUAAAGCGGAUAUCAUUUGGAAAAUCAUAAUCUCCUCGGUCCGCCCACGCCGUCGACAGGACGCGUAUAAUAGGUACACACCAUCGUUAAAACUCGGGGUUCUAUUUAGUAUCACGUUUCUCGUCUUCGCCUCCUCCCGGGCAGGAAGCUCGUAUCCGAUUUCCGAUAGUCUCGCGAUCGUUCGCAGAAUCCUUCGGGUAUCGGGCGACCAUAUUUCAUUUGAUCGUUAUGUUAUCUUCGCCGGCGGUUGUGCGGACGAUAACCGCGGCGACCGCGCCUCGUCGAUAAUACACAACGCUGCAAUCGGACGAUAAAUAAUAAUAUUUUUAUAACGAUCGGACCUGUAUAAAAAUUCGAUAUUUUCACAUUUUUCCCUUAGCACGUUUUCGUCAUAAAAAUACCCUAGUCGUUAACGUAUAAAAAUUGUAUAUAAACACGAUGAUAUUUUUAUGUCCCUGUAUAAUUAUUAUCGGCUACUACUCGGGACCGUAGAAUUCCCGGAGAUUUCACGUGUACUGCACGCUUUCGCAUAUUCGCGUGAAAUUAACAUUCGAAUCUAUAAAACUGCGUACACGUGCGUAAUUGUUCACGUAUUUUCAUUGGUGUCUAUUAGGGGUCUAACAACUGGAUGUGCUCCUCCCUCUUGGAAAAUACUAAAACCUACAAACCUUAACGCAUAGCCUGGAUGACUAUUGAUUCGCUUUCUCGUAAUGGACCUGUCUUACCUUUUCGUGCAGGUCUUGGGUUCUUAUACCUACAUCUAUUACUCUUUGAAUGCAUAUGUUUGGUUCCUGUUUGUCCCUCCCCUGAAAAUAAGCUUAUGCCCACGUGUAUUUUUACGUGGAUAUAACACUACUACUACACGUAAAUACGAUUAGUAAAUUCACGUGUACACGAACUCUGUUUUCGCGUAAAUCACGUUUACAAUCGAGACCUCUACUCGGAGCGCAGCUGAGUUUCGGUAUACCUCUAUUUUAUCGAUAUUUCGAUAUUUUAUUACGACGAGUUAAUGGUUUUUAUUUCACCAUACGUAAGAUCGCGUGAUUUGAUAAUAAAACUCCGUUUUUUUUUUCUUCUUUUUUUAUUAACACGAUAACGCGAACACAAUAUUAUAAUCAUACCCCCUACAAAAGUUUCGAGACGAUACGGGGGGGGGGGUUUAUCGCAUAUUAUUCGACGGUUUCGCGCGUACGACGUACGAAUCGCGUUUUAUCGCCGUGUUAAAAUUGCUCGCGUCCGCGUGUGAACCGCGCGCGGGGCAAUAUAUACAGGGUGUACCAUGUAUAUAAUAUAUAUAUAUAUAUUCGGUCCGGUAGAUUUAUUACGCGUACGUGAGAAUGGACUACGUACGGCGGCGGUGUCGGAGGAGUUAGCUGCUGCGUAAAGGGAAUAUUGUGAUUUAUCAAAAAAAAAAAAAUAAUAAUAAUAAUAAUAAUAGUAUAGGUAACAUUAUCGUAAUAAAUAACGCGGACGGUUUAACCUUCGGCGAUAUAAUAAUAAUUACAACGCGGAUUCCUGUUUUGAAAUAUGCAAAUACUCGCGCGUACGCACAUUAUAAUAUAAAAUAUUAUACAAUACGUACGUGUGUACGGAUACCGCUGCACGGGACAGUGCGGUGCCCGCUGUCGCCGUUUUUCAUCCGGUUUAUUCGCAGUUUUCUUUUCGCGCGGCUGCGCCGUCCGAUUUUCAGCGAUACGCCGACAUCGUAACAGCCAUCGACGAUAACAACAACAACAACAAUAAAAUGUCUCCCGCGCGUCGUGUACACAUAGUAAUGUACCGGUAAGCCGGAAUAUAACCCAGUGCACCCGGUCCGGCCGGAGAGUUCACGGUCGGGUUUACACGUCGUCGUGUACGACAAUGUUUUAUACCGUGAUAUCAUUAUAUCGGGAGGGGGUACGGCGUGAGGGGGAGGUGGGCAUAUUAUUGUGUACGCGCGCUAAGGUCGCCGAAGUAAAACGAUGAUGAUGAUGAUAAUAAUAAUAACGAAAUAAUUCCUCUGUUCGCAGGUACAACGACUGGCCCAAUACGAAACGUAUUUCCAAAGUCUGUUGGACGAGACCAGGCCGGAACAUGGAAGAGGCGCCGAGUACCACGACCUGUGCAUGGCGAACAGCGCCGUCAAACAAGUGAGUUCCAUUAUUAUUAUUAUUAUUAUUAUUGUAAUAAUAAUAUUGUUGUUAUGUAUCUAUAAUAACGCGUUAAUACCGAGAAUGCGUGUAUAAUACAUGUAUAGGUUUUUUUUUUUUUAUAUACGUUGUUUUUUUUUUCCACGUUUUUCUUUCUUUUUUUCUUUUUUAAUCUCGUUUCUUUUCUUAUUUCGUCCGGCGUCCGUAGGCGUUCAUACGCGGCAUAUCCGAACACGGACGUCGCGUUUUCGUCGAUUAUGAUAAUAAUAAUAACAACAACAAAACCGACACCGACAACCACCGCCAAUGACUCCUCGUGGCGCGCCGAUAAUAAACAAACGACGGUUAUUGUGUCCUCCUCUCCCCUGCGCGCAGACCCACUUUCUUCGGUGUCCGCACACGCUACACCGGUGCAGAGCACCGCAUAUUUUAUUAUACAUAUAUAUGUACACAAAGAAGGAUAUCACUUUUUCUCUCGCCUACAAAUAUAAUAAUAAUAAUAAUAAUAUUAUAAUACGCCGUGCGCCGCUAUAUACAUUAGAAAAAUAUCGUUUUCGAUCGAGUGAAUAUAAUAAUAAUAAUAAUAUAAUAAUAAUAAUAAUAGUCUUUCAUUGUGCGACGACCGCACAGCGCACAGACCUUUGAACCGCCGCCGCGUCGAGAUACACAUAAUAUGUGCUCUGCGGUGCAGCUCCGAGAGCAAUGAUCGAGUUAUUUCUUUGAUAAAAAAAAAAAUAAUAUUAAUAAAAAACGACCCACUUUUUUUUUUUACAAUAUUAUACUUUUCGAUAUCCGUCGCACAACGAUAUGCGGGUCUACCGCCACCGCCUCGCGUCAAUCGUAACGGAUCCAUACACAGUACCGAAGAUGAUGUAUAAGCGCAUUAAUUAGAAAAACAAAAAAAAAAAAAUACUCCGAAGCUUUUUACGGACAGUAGUGCGCGGCAGUAUGCUACGUACCCAUACGGUUUCGCCGUCGCUCCAAUUAUUCGAAAAACAAUAUAAUAUAAUUAAUUAUCGAGAAAAAAAGAACGUAUACAUAUAUACCGAGUCGUUUAUUGUAAGCGGUGUGAAUGACACCGUCUCGCGAUCGCCUCCGCCGCCACACCUAAAAAAACCGAUACGAUAAAUCGCCUCGGAGUCCGGCCGCGGAGCGUAUGUGUAUGUUUAACACACAUUUUUUUUUAUUUGCUAUGUAUAAAUAUAUAUAUAUAUAUAUAAUAAUAGUAACAAUAAUUUAAUAUAGUAUACCUAUUAUAGGUAACGGAUUCGCUUAUAAGUUUUAUAAUAUACCUACACAUACGGGGGCUAAAUGUGCCAAGGAGAGACACACCGGUCCUCAUAAAUAAAAUGCGAAAUGGUAUAGGUAAAUAUACCUAUCCAAUACCGUACAAUGACCAUAUCGGUCUCGCGUGCCCCCGCGAGUGUUUCGGUACACUACACCUAGCGUUACACUAAUAUUAUACUUUGUGCAAUUAUUAUAAAUUACUACGGCGAAUAUAAUAUAGAGAGGAGGCGUUGAGAUUAUUAAUGCGUAUUGUGGACUGUCCGCGGGCGAGAAUUAAAUAAUAUAUUAUAUUAUUAUUUUAACAAAUCGGCUAUUUUUUUUUGAGAUAAUAUUAUAAUAUAAAAUAUACAUAAUAAAUACUCUUCUUCUUUUCGCCGCUAUCGAGCGAUAAACAACAACAAACAAAACAAAAAAAAAAAAAACCAUCGAAUUCAAAAAAACCAAUUCGUUUGCAAUGUACAUAUUCGCGUCGUCAAAAAUACUGAACGAUACAAUAUUCCGUCAUUGAUACGCGCGGAUGUACAUGAAUAACAUGCUGCGGCUGCACCGAUAAUAUUAUUACAAACGGCUACACUGUUUGAACGGUAUUUAGUGUCACAUAUUAUUAUGUUACAUACGUUUACGGAAAGCAAAAAAAAAAAAAAAAUCGUCGUAUUAGAUUCUGAGCGGAGCGAAAAAGUAUUGGUUUUAAUGACGUGAUUUUUUAUUUUUUAUGUCCGUAAACAACUUUAACGCCAGAAGUCUUGGUUCGAUCAAAAACUGUACAGGUGCAUUGAAGGGGUUGUUUUUUUGUUUUAAUUUUGUCUUGUAGUUUAACAAUUGACAAAUGUACGAUAUUUGUUUGUAUAUUUGAACAUUUUGAUCACCAUCACGAUGCCAAUAAUAUAAUAUAAUAUAUCGUUGUAAUAUUAUGUUACUGUUCCGCGUAUUAUUAUACGUGUACAGUAUAAUAUACGCUCGUGUUGUUAUAUCGCCUAAUCUUCGUAUAUCUCAUCUUACGAGCGCGUGCGCACAAUACUCAUAACAAAACGGUAGGUAUUGAUAUCUUUUGCUAUAUGUUUCAACGUUUUUUAUACGCUCACGAUAUAAGUACCUUCCAUAUAUAAUACCCACCUGUUAUUUGCAUACAAUGAAUAUAAUAUAGUGUACCGGAGCGCGUAAUAUCGACAAACGAAAAAAAAACUCUAAUAUUAUAUUAAAAUAUGAUUAUAAGCACUUCCCACUUCGCCGAAUCUCGUUUCGCCGACGAAUAACGACCGGUGUCUUAUGCCUACGUAUUGCAAGUAAAAAAUUCCAUAAUUUUGCGGAAAAAUGAUAAUAUUAUAUAUAUAUUAUAAUUAUAAAUAUCGAAAUAAACGAAAAAAACGAAUAGUAACAACCGCUUCCAAAACUCCACUGGAAACGACCGAAAUUUCCAUUUUAUCGGCAAGGACACCAUGAGACUUGUGUAGGUUUUACCGCGUGAUUUUUUUAAAUUCUGAGCAAUGUAUCGAUUUUACUAUGAUAGGUGUUUUUGUCUGUGUCUCUAAACACAGAUGAACACAAUGAACAUGUAAACAUCUUUAGUAUAAGAAAUCAUGCUCCAAUCAAAAACUUUCUUGUAUAGCAUUUUGUUACGUAGCUAUUGUCUGGGAAGUCUUUUUUUUUCAAAUUUACUUUGUAGGUUUUUCUUGAAAAAUUGCCAAUUUAUUAAGAUAAUAUAUGUUGAUUUCUGAGUUACCUACGAAACAAAUAAAAAAAUACUGCUACUUAUCUGUUUAUAUUUCGUUUAUCGUUUCGACCAACAUAUUAUGAACAAAAUUACUCUGAACACCUUCCAUUUCUCCUCCUAAAACCCAUCAGUGAUAAUAGUUAAUUUAAAAAAAAGAAAUUUUUUUUUUUUUGAGGGGGGAUAGUGGAUUUAUCCACCUCAAUCUCGGUUCCGACACAGUAUGUACGAGGGAGUGUAUAAUAAUAAUUGUCAAACAUUGUACUCGUUUGUCGAAAAUUAUUUAUUCGUAUGUAUCCUGCAAAUACGUUUUGACCGAAAUCGGGGCCGCCUCCAAACGUGUCAAACUCAUUACGAGUAUAAUGAUAAUAAUAAUAAUAAUAUUAUUAUUAAUAUAGACACACUGUCCUGUUAAUCGUAUUAUUUACACUUUUAAAUCGCUCCGAAAACACGAUGCAUAUACGUAUGAAAGUUGGCUCCCGGCAAUAAAAUGUACAAUUAUGUUUAAUGUGUCUACGCGAGUAUACAAUCACGAUAAACUAAUAACCGCUAUAUUAUUGUUAUUAGUAUUAUUAUUUAUUAAUUUCUCUUCUAAUUAAAUUCGCUCCGAAAAAAAAAAAAGACAACGAAAUUUUAAUCAUUGUUUACCUUUGUAUCUCGGAUAUCCUGUUUAGGAAUGAAAAAAAUUAACAAAAAAAUUAUAAUACCUACUGUUUUUGUUGCAGACAAUAAAACGUGUUCAUGAGCAAAGCGAUCUAGAACGAAUUCAAGAUGUGUUCCCAAACGAUUUCCUCAGAUUGUACGACAAAGAAGCGCUCACAAUGGUAAGCAUGGUUACGAUAUUUUUUCGUAGUAUUUUAUCCACAAACGACCGAAAUAAUAUAUUCUAAUUUACAAUAAUAAGUAAUAUCGAAGUGAGUAUUGGUUUGCUAGUAUAAUAUUAUACUUGUGCGUGUAGUAUUCGUUAGAACAAUGAUACUCAUCGCGGUGUCAAUAACUUUCUAUAUAUUUGAACUAGACGUAUAGUUACAACAAUUUAUUGCACUAUAACAACAUAAAUGUUUUUUUUUUAUCUGAUAAGACACGUUUUUAGUUAUCUACAAUGAAAUAAUAAUAUACACAUAUAACGUAGACACUGCAAUACAUUUUAGUGAUACAGGAAAAUGUUUUGUAAAUCCGGAUUUUUGAAUCUUCCGAACAAUGUUUUAUUUUUUUGAUAAACUUAACUUUAGAAAAUAAUAAUGAUGAUAGGGAAAUUGUGUCGAUAUAAAUAUCAUUACUAAAUAGAAAAAACACGUGUUUUUCCUAUCACUGCGCGUGCGUCUCUGCACCUUGGUUGAAACGGUACAUUAACGAUCUAUUCUGACAUACCCUGUUUAUUUAAUCAGGAUAAAUACAAUAAAAAGAACAUUAAUAUUAUACACAAACCCAAAUUAUGUUACAUCGCUACUACCUGUAGUGCAUCCCAAUUAUUUUCCGAUAUUCAUAAAACAUUAUCGACGUAUGUGUAUGAAACAUUUUUUGACUUUGUUUAUGUAAUGUAUAGAAGAUGAAAGGAUUGAUUCGGAAGAGGGGCGGAACGGGCACGGCCGCUCUCAGGAGAGCCCUGUCUUCGAAAUCUCUGCGUUCGGAGUCGCCACCGUCCACCCCGAAUAAAAUCCGAAACGAGAGUCCCAGAAAUUUCAUAAUGGAAACUCCCGUCCAAUUCGUCAACGUAAAUAACAAUGAUAAUAAUUUACACUGUGAUAAUUAUAUUUUCGUGACGUGUUCUCUUUCGUGUAUACAGGGCGUACACUGCCAGGAACGUCAUUUGUUUCUAUUCGACGACCUGCUUCUGGUGGCCAAAGCCAAGUCCGGUAGUAACUUCAAGCUCAAGGACAAGGUAAGGAUAUCGGAGAUUUGGCUCAACGAAUCGCCCGCGGUCAUCGACGAGGUUGCCGAAAUCCCAAAGUCGUCCGAUACGUCGUUCGUCAUCGGAUGGCCGACUACCAACUACGUGGCCGUGUUCAGGUUGGUGAACACCGUACUAUUAUACUUAGCUAUGUAACGUAUUAAUUUCAUCAUCGUCGGGUGUCCACAAUUUUUUUACUGUUGUGUGCUGCUGCACUUCGUGGGAUGUGGUCCCUCAGCGGGGGGGAGGCACCCGCGCGGUUUCGGGCUCUGUGUUGUCAUUAGUAUAUCGCGAGAGAAGAGGGUCUUUGAACCGACCACAUUGUACGACGGCGGCAUCAGCAGCAAGCUAUAGCAGUCCAAAAACACAUAUUAUAAUCUCAUCUCUCUCUCUAUCCCGAUGUAAGCGCAUCGUCGCCCAUAUAAUAAUAGUCAUAGAUAUAUAUAUAAUAACAAUAAUAUAAUAAUAAUAUGCUCAUCACCAGAGAGUACUCGCUGAUGGGACGAACGGUAUUGUAAUAUCGGAAAAGGAGGUUCGAUAACGGUACACUGCUACACUGCUGCCGUUGCUGCUGCUGCUGCUGCUGCUGCUGCAUCGUCGUAUCGCAUAGAGGAGUUUGUGAUGCCGACAUAAACGAAGCUCUUAAUUAGACAAAAAAAAAAAAAAAGCAUAGAUAUAUAUAAAAAAAAACUGCCUAUUGUUACCCAUCAACGGGGCUUGUAUAGGUACGUAACAACGUAUAUGUAGGCACAUAGUAUUAUAGGUAUAGGUUCACGUAGGUAAUAUGCCCAGAUAUAUACGAUCAUUAUUAUAAUAUACGACGAACAAUAAUUUUCGUUAUAAAAUUGUGCGUAUGUGUGUAUGUGUGUGUGUGUGUGUGGGUCACGGAUGGUGGUGUCGUAAUAAAAUAAAAUGCCGAGUACCGUACACUGUAUAUACCGUAUACCGUGUACAUUGUGUGUAUUACCUAGGUAAUAAUACGGUGAUAUUCGUAAAAUCCCCAUAUAAUACAACGGUAUUAAAUUACUAAUUAUUGUAUACCCGCGCUCGGCGAAAACGUGUAAUAUUAUGUUUCGUUUUGGAGUCGCUAAACUGCAGCGACAUAAUAAUAUAAUAAUAAAUCUACUCGGUAUACCAUAUACUUAAAAAAUAAAAUAAAAAUAAAUAUACAUACUAUUUACACACGUAGGUACCUACAUAAUAUAAUAACGGGGGUCGCAGGAAUAAGGCUCGGGGGGUCAAAUUUUAUAACUCAAGUCGAGAAAUGGUGGUGCAGGAAAAAGCGAAGAGUGUAAUGGAAGGAAGUGUUGUAUACCACGAGAAUCAUCUAUUAUGCAAUUUAUAGACGGCUCUACUUUGAAGACAACCUCGUCGGGGGUUUUUCGAAAAUAUUAAUUAUGUAUACCAGUACUUACAGUUCUUUUUAAAAAAAAUAUGAAAACUACGUUUUUUUAAUUUAACCUUCGACAAUGAGCAUUGCAUAUUUAAAAGAAAUGGAAAACGUUAACGAGGUUUUGAUCGAAAUUUUGUCAUGUACGUAUUGUAUAAGGUGUGUUUUGUCUUUAGAAAACAAUUUAGAAGCCUUUUCGUCUGUUUUACGCAAACACUUGUGUGUUUUGCGUUAAAUAAGAGUAAAUGUCACUAUUACAGUCUCUUAUGUAUGAUAAUUAAUUUUUUAUUAAAAAAAAAAACUUGCAAGGCCAGCGAUGAUUUACGGAUGUGAGUUCGGGAAAUUAUUUGGAGUGGGUUAAGUGGGAUUAAUAAACUUCCCGAGAUUACCAAAAACUAUAGCCCUCCUUGAAAUUUAACAAAAAUAACCCUACAACUUCACGCCAUUACGUCUUUGUUUUUUAUGUUCGUCAACAUCGUGUGGUCCGCCAUAACACACCCAACCGAGUUAAAAGUUUGUAAUUACACGUAUUAUUUUAGGAGCACGCGCGCACAAUAUCCUGCGAAAUUAUCACGGCCACCGCCACUAGAAAAUCCAAAACAUUUCUUUGCGCAACCGCAUGAAUAUACGCCAUUUCGUAUAUCCCUGCGGAAUUAUCUUAAUUAUGUUUACGUGUUCGUUUCCUAGAUGCAGGCUCGGUAAACACGAGUUCCAAACAACGAUUGAAAGAUAAUUUUUUGUUCGAAAAACAAAAUUAUUCGAAUCGUAUAACACGGCGAAUCUAAACCGAUAAUUUUAUCUUAACAAAAAAAAAAAUUUAAAAUUCCUGUAAACAACUCCGCGGUGAAUUCGAUCGAAUCGACAACAAUAACUGCGCGCAUAAUUUACGAUAUUAUUUGUUACAUAUUUUAUGUCGCCGGUUUUUCGCGUGUCCUACGCUGAGGUCGUGUCCUUGACAAUCUGUCGUAAAUAACACAACGAUAAUAAUAUUAUUGUUAUUGCUGAGAGAAAAAUUCUCACUGGGCACGAAAGAAUACCUGUUGAGCUUUUCGAGAGGAAAUACUCUAGGGCUUUAUUUAAUCUUCUGAAUUAUAUGUUUGACACAAAAACAACAGAAAAUGAACCAAAACGAUCGCGGACGUCGUAUAAUAUAAUAAUUAUGAUAGUUAUCUUUUUUUUUUCUUUUCUUUUUUCUUCGUCGUGUACACACAAACAAUUAUUAAGUAUUUUAUAUAGGUACAUAUACACUUGACGGGUUUAGCAAUAACGCAAUAUAAUAUUAUAACAAUAAAUUCGGAGGACGGAAAGUGGGGGGAAGUACUUGGGUGUGCCGAUAAUGUCGUUUUUUUAUCUUUUCUGGCGCGGUAUCGUAAAUUUUCAGAAAAAAAAAAUAUAAAACGAUAAAAUACGUUUUGCUUGUCGCGAUAAAUCGAUAAAACACAUCAUUUAAGAAUUAGCUAUAUCGAUUAUGUCAAUUUAUUAGCGAACGAGAUAGAAGUUAAUAUAGUUUUAAUAAUGCUAAUUUCGUUUUUCGCUUCUAUAUAUUCGGGAACGCUAGUCUUACGCUUAAGUAUAUAUAACACAUUUUGUUUGGUAACACGUAAGGUAUUUUUAAGAAAAAGCAAUGUAUACGUAUAAUACAUGUAAAUUUACUAAACUUUUACAAGUGGUUUUGCCCAACCCUGAAAGCGAAGUGGACAAAGUCAAAUAAUUGUUCAAAAUAAAAAUUGGACUACUGUAAUUAUGUUUAUUUUACUACAGCCUUAUACUGGUGUAAAUAUGUGAAAAAACGAAUCACUUCCAAACCGCCUUGAUGAAAAAAAUAAAAUAAUUUCUAAAACUGUCUCUCUUUAUACUAUUAGCCGUAUUGAUAACCCAAUGCAGCCCUGUACUCGCUUUCCAACAAGACCGUGUUUGAGAUAAUUUGUUUGUUUUGCCGAUAUUGUUAUUUAAAAAAAAAAAAAAAAACACUAUGGGUGGGCCACUGUGUUGUAGGUGAAAAGUUAAGAUUGUAAGAUAUUGUGGAAUUCUAUUUAUAUCGAUACGCUACGAUAAACCAUUGCUAACGAAAAACGAUUCGGAGCAAAGUUUCUUUUAUACAUGUAUCAACAUUUUUCUCGUUUUUCCUAAUUAUUAUGAAAAUCGCUUGGAAAUUCAAAAACGACCUUUUCGUAAUAGCAUUUAGAUACAAAUUUCCUUCACAGAAAUGGUGCUGUACUUGAUACAUCAAAACAUGAUUUCUGGUAGAAAAAUUGCUUACAGAAUGAAAAGAAAUUUAAACGUCCAUUGCAAAACCAAUACAUUCCGCGUUACGCUACGAAUUUAAAAAUAGGCGGUAUACUAUAAUACCUAACCUGUAAGAAUCGCCAAAAAAUCGGAAUCGCAUUUAGGUGUUUUUUUUUUGUGUAUUUUAACUCCGGGGGUCAAGUCUUUCGGUCGUCACCGCGCGUUUUAGAAAUAAAACGAAAUAUCGUAAAAACGUACCUGACCUACGUUAUUGUUGUCAAUUCGCAGUAAUUGUUUCGAGGUUAGCCGAAAGCAUGCUAAUUUCCCAUAAAAGAAUGCGAUUUUUUUUCUAUUCGGCUAUGAUCAUUUUUUUCCCCUCCUAGUCAAACACCGCGGUUCGCCGACACCGACAACCCACGGGUUUCGAUAAAUCAUCGACUCGGACGCGUACUGCGCAUUACGAAAAUAAUACAGCGUGCAUUAUUAUAUUUACACUGUAUAAUGACCGUAUGAUAGUAAUCCGAAUCUGUCGAAUAAUCAAUAUUUACGAUUAAACGCGUAUUAGUAUAGAUACACGUUUACACCGUGAUAAAGUCAUGGCGGUCAUUACGGUGUUUACCUAUAUAGGUACUGACGAUGUACACCGGUCGUAAUCGCCGUAAAAAUCGGUAUAAUAUAUUAUUAUUAUUCAUGUUAUUACGAUUUUUUUUUCAUUGUUUUUUUUUCUCCCCAAAACUAUUGAAAACAUUUUUUUCAAUCGGUCUCCCCCCCACUCCCCUCCUUUGUAUAUAUCGUAGUCAUUAUCAUCGCAUUAUCUAUACGAACCUAUACGUAAUACGCACGGUGUGAUGUUUGUCGAAAAUAUAAUGUAUACAUACAUUUAUAUUAUUUAUAGUACUAAUAGUUUAAAUCGUCGAGCCGACGCCGUCGCUGCCGCGGUCUUCAGUCUUCGUAAUGCGGUCAACGGAGUUUAACGUGCGUGCCAUCGCGUGAAUUUUACGUAAAAAAAAAAAAAAACCGACAACAAUAAAUAAAAUAAUAUACCCAAUAAUAUAUUAUGCUGAAACGAUUACGCGUUUCCGACUCCGACCCGACCGAUGUUAUCCGAUUGUUGCAGUGCGGCGCACGCGAUCGACAAAAUGAUUUUCAAAUACGUAAAAAAAUGUCUGACGUUUUUCGGUCUCGGUCUGUUAGGCGACCGCGACGGCCGCAACGACAAAACACUUCGCGUCAAACUCUUAUUGCCUGGUUUAGAAAACGGUUGGACCGGCUGCAAUAACGCCGGUAGUUUUAAGUAUAAAAACCGAUGCGAAGAAAAUAAUAACCAUUGUCUGUGAGUAAUAUUUUAGAUUCUGAGCUAAUGCAUUAUUGAUAUAUUACUAUGAGUUUUUUUUUUUUUGGUCUAUUAAUAACUUUUCAACCAGAAAUCUAGCGCCGAUCAAAUACUUUAUAGAAACUAUUUUGUAGCGUUUACGAUCGUGUUGAUUUUUAAUUUUUCUUGUACUUUUCUCAAUUAAUGGGAAAUAUUGGCAAUUCAAAUUGUAUAAAUUUUGUUGAUUUAAAUAUCAGUAUUAUUUUUUUAAUUUGAAAUUAGAAAAAAAAUAAUAACAGCAAUUAAUAUUCAGAGAGUGUAUAAAAACCGCAGUAAUAAUAUUAUUAUCAAUCUGGAAUAUUUUUUAUAAAUUAUUUUAUCCGACCAAACGCUUCGUCGUCCUCGUCGUUUUUUCGACGAGAAAAUACCUAGCGAUCAAUAAUAAUAAUUAUGCCUAUAAGUAUGUACUUUUUGUAAUGUAUUUAUAUUAAACGGCUAACAAAACGCAUUAAAAUAUAAUACUAUAUUAGUAUAAUAUUUUGCGAUACGAUGAAUAAAUCGAAUUCAUUAUCGUCUGGCUGCGGCCACGUAAUCUCUGUCGCCAUUUUUCUUUUUAUCUUUAUUUAAUACUCUGCAGAAACAACGUCAUAUGCUGUAUGCGGCGUUCUUUAUACUUGUAUCCCCCCUUUCCCCUCACAAUUGAAUGUCUGGCGCCUUGUGUAUAGUAUAUUAUAAAUACUUCCCCCGGGGACGAAGACCGUAAAAUAUUUUCGUUGAAUUGAUAAGGAGUUCUCCGCGCGCGCACGUCGAAUUCUUCACAUACCUACUAUAUUAUAAUGUUUUUAUAGAAAAUCCUACGAGAGUUCGGUACGAAAUGUCAAAGACGACCCGACUGUAUAUAUUAGGUGGUCCAUUUCGAAGAAGAAGGAAAAACUUCGUGACACAUGUCUCUCCUGCAAGCAGGAGGCCCGGAUUUAUAUACGGGCGACGCAUAGUGGCAGGGGCUAUUUUAUUUUUAGUACCCUACACAAUAGAAUCUCAAAAUUGAGCAUAUUAAAUAAAUGUUUUAAAUAUGAUAAUUUUAUAUCGUAAAAUUGAAAUCGCCCAAAAGUCAAUUUCACAGCUAAAUUUCCAGGUGUUGAUUAUGACAGAUUAAUAAAUAUUACUUAGACGAUAACAAUGGGCUAUUUAAAAAUAUUUUUCUAGAGUUAUGACUUAAUCCGACACUGCACAUUAACACAUGGUAGUUGAAAUAUAUUAAUUUUUUUGUAAAACAACAUAAAUUCAUAUAAUUUUAUCCCUCACGAGAGGGUAAAUAUCCUUGAAUAUAAUUCGAAAACCGAGUAAGUGUAAUAAUUUUGAUUUUUUAUGUUUGUACAGUACCCAGGCGACCAGGAAUUUGUGGUGGUCGAAACUGACAGAGGAAUCGCAAGAGGAAAUACGCAAAGAACCGCCAACCACCAACGUCCAAGUGUUUUAUCAAGAUCUCAACACCGGCAUAGAAUACGUGAGUUCGCACAUUUUUUUAUUUUUUUAAGUUUUUUUUGCUAUAUUAUAUAAGAGGUCCGGGGCGGGAGACGGUGUACAAUAUACAUACACGAUAACGAUUAGAAACCGCACGAGUUAAUAUAUGAACUCCAUAUAUUUAAGGAAUUUCUAACGAUUCAAAUCGUUCCUUAAGUAUAUCAAUACGUGUAUGGGUAAAACACCAUUAUAGACAUUUUAAAGCCUACUUUGCGAUUACUUAAGGCCGAGGAUUUUUAAAGUGUCACUAACCUGCAUUAGGUUCCCUUACACGGGAAACAUAAUGUCAAGAGGUGACCAUCGUGGGUCCUUUUAUGUCUCCCCCUUCAACCCCGAGGACAUUAUUGUAUUAGUUUUUUCCAACUUCGCGGUUAUGAUGUUUUUUUUAACCGAAUAAAUUAUAUGUUUACUGCAGUGCAAGACGUUCGCAAUCGGACCGGAUGAGAGCGCCAGGGACUGCGUGAAGAUCGCCCUGGACCAUCUAGAAAUGAGGGAUGUGGACCCGAGUCAGUAUCAGUUGUGGGCCAAGACGCCCAGGGAGGAGCCGCCCUAUCCGCUAUUCGGUCAUGAAAAACCGUAUUCCGUCAAGCUGAGCUGCCUCCGGGACGGACUCAGCGCCGAGGAAGGGUUCGACCUGGACCAUUGCAACAACGUACACGAUCCACUGGCCAGGUGUCAUUUCAUUUUGAGGUACGGUACCCUUUAUAUAGAUAGUUUAAUAUUAAAUAGAUGCCGCACAACGCCAGGUAGGCGUCGAGAGAUUGUGUGUGUAAACCAUUUUUACGACAUUAUUGAACGAAAAAUUAAAAUUUCUCGAUAAAAAAUGAUUGCAAUUAGUUUUUAUAGAACUAUAGCAACACGCCGUGAGUAGUUGGAAAGUUAUAAAAGUAUACGUUUAUAAAUCAUUUCAAUCAAAAAACGAUUCUGAACAAAAUAAACGGGUUCCUUGUAACCCAGAAAUCAAUGAAAAGGAAACCGGGGUGUAAUUGACAUUUACUGUUGUUUUUUUUUUUUUAAUUUUAUAUUUUAGACAUCAAAAGAGUGUUAUCAAAUAAAUUAUCGUCCGGGGAAAAAUUUAACGUUUGGUUUGAAAAAAUCUGAGCAUUUUCUGAGAAAAAAACCGAUUUUUCAACCAGAAAUUUCGCCUCAAUCAAAAGCUUUAUAGGAACUUUCUUAUUACAUUUUUUUUCUAGCUCGUACUUUGAAUGAAGUCGUUUUUUCGAUUUUCCGAACAGUUAAACUAUAUUAAACCGGAAAAACUGUCAAAUUUUUUGUGCAGAUAAUUUUCGAUGUUUGCUAGAUUACCUCGUCAACAAGUGGAAAAAUACGACUAAUAAUACACCAUUCAGAAUUAUUUUGUACCAACGAUGUCUUUGCGUACAGCAUAUAAACUAAAUUAUCCCCCUCCUCCUGUUCGGUAUAAAAGUAUCACCCCUGAAACUCAUCGUCCAGGUAUUAAUAUGAUUUGCACGAAAAAUUACGUAAAUAGGUAUAUCCAACACCUAUCAUAAUAAUAAUAUUGAUAUUAUAACGUGGCGAUUUUAUCCAUUUAUAUUUUAUUAAAAUACCUAUUGUAAAAUAUUAUCACCAUUACCGUAAAUAGAAUUUCGCCAACCGUUUUAUUUGUACGCCCGCCUCGCCCGUGAUGUCUGCCCAUAUUAAUUUAUCGCCGCGGCCAUUACAUAAUAACAAUAAUAAUCCUGAGGAAUUCCUUAAAUUUCUCAAAAAUACACGGCCGGCCGCCGCUAUCAGAUCGCUGUGACAAAAUAUUAUUAUCAUCUACUAUCUGUAAUUUAUAAAUUUUUAUCAUUAUUACUGUCUCGGUUUUCGGUCAAAGUUCACUCUCCAUAACCUUACGGUACAAGGCCCGUCCAGUCGACCGCCGCCGCGCACACGUACGCGUUUAGUUUAUACCCAAUAAUAUUAAUUUUCGUAUACCUACUGUGUGAAAAAAAAUAUGUUAUUGUAAUGUGCUCGUGUUUUGUUCCCGUUUUUUUCGAGUGACGUUCGGCGUUUUUUCCCCGUCCCGCUCGCGUGAGUCGUAUUUGAAUUAUUAUUUUUUUUUAUCCGCCUAUAUAGUGGCGUGUUUCGGCCACGCGUUAUUUUCCGGCGUUUUCGAUGAUAAUAAACAAGUCACUGCCGCGAUGUUAACGAUCUGUACCCAACGCAGGUUAGAAUUUAUCACCUAAUACCAGAAAAAAAAAAAAAAACACUACCUACAUAUCUAAUAUAAAUAUACAUACAUUUUUUUCCGUUCAUUCGAAUGAUAUUAUUGUCGUGUGUGUGAACGCACCAAAGGCCAAUCGAUAAGACGAGACUUUAUAAUAAUGUGAUUUUGCGUUUUAUUUAUCUUCGAGGAGUUAGGUACUCUCUUCUACGCCGCUACCAUUAUAAUAACGCCGUCGAAGGCUAAGGUCUAAUUAGAAAAGAAAGAAAAAAAAAACCCCCGAACAAAUAUUGUCGUAUUAAUAUUGCAUACCUACAAACGUAAUGCAAACAAAACUAUUAAAAAUCGCCGGUCUUGACAUUCUAUACUAUUAUUAUUAUUUCGUUUAAUAAUUAUUUCCGAGACGGACCGUGAGAAUGAACAAUAUUUGUGCGGACAAACAUCGUCACGCGUCGUCAACGGGUUUUUGUUUUUCUAUACAUUUCGAUAUGUAACACGUUACAAUAUUACAUUAUUUGUUUGCAGGAGUGUAAAAGUCCAAGAGAACGAAACGAACAAAAAGACGCCGAAAAAGUCGUCGGGCCGCAUGAAAAUCGGCCAGGUUUUCAAGAAAACGCCGACCAAAGAUAACGGAGGCAAUCUGUUCGGCGUGCCAUUAAGUCGAAUCUGCGACGGUGAAAACCUUCCAAAACCGGUGAUGGUAAGUACACACAAUAAUAAUAAUGAUUUUUUUCAAGUAUUUGGCGCGACGAAAUCGAGAUAAGUAUGUGAUCACAGGUGGCUAACCAAUUGAUAGACGUAAAUAGGGUAGGGGGCCUAGGAGGACGAACCAGUUUAGCCUUUGAUAUUAGGUCUGAAACCUAUUUCGCAAUCAAGACCUGUGCAUUUUCAGACUCUACGUGUACGGUCGCGUAGUUCCCCUAGACUUCUGACGAUUGGUCGGACGGGCAAGAAGCGGACGACUACCGAGAUUUAGGCAAAGAAAUAUUUCGGCUUGUUCGUUUAACGAAACGACGGGGACGACGACGUUCGCUCCGAUUGUUCAGCGACCCGGUUGCAAUCCUUGGUUACGGAUUACCCAACUGAAUAAUAACCGAUUAAUAAUCGAAAAAUUAAUUAAGUUAUUAAUGUGAUUUCGACGGUUCGAUAUUAUCGUGCGUUGAAACCGCUUGCCGCUCGCGAAUUCGCUCCAAGAUCGUCUUAAAACGAUGGUAACCUAUAAAUAAUGACAACAGUAUAUAUUUUUACUCCCGUGGUAAUAUUGAUAAAUGCAUUACGAAGUCGAAUAUCUGAGAACAAUAAUUAUUGUUAUUUUAUUAUUAUAUACGUUAUUAAUGCGUUAUUUUUAGGAGCUUAUAUAAUUAUAAUUAAUUAUACGAUAGUAAAAUAUUAUUAUAAAUGUAUAUGGGCCGUUGUUUUGAUACUAGAAUGUUUUUAUCAAACGCAUUAACCAUCGCCGACAAUUUUAAAAUAUCUAUCACGGGUGCUCUACUCUAACAAGAGUAAAAUCUCAAUACGCGCGUUUUCCGAAAUUCGCCCUUUUUUUUUUUUUUUUAGAAAAGCGAAUAAUCCGCGUUCCUGUACAAUGAAGUAAUUCAAACCCCAUUUUUCUUAUGAAAUUUAGACCAAACGAAUCUCAAAACUACCAUUAAUAGUCUGGAUUUUGGACGCUAUUCGAUUAUUUUUUUCAGAAACUAUUUACAGAAUCGGAUUCGCUUUUAAAAAUCUCAAUCACCAACUCAUUUUCCCCUUUUUGAAAUUAUUUUUAAAGUUGUGAAUUUUGAUUCUAGUCUUCACUGUAUACUGGUGGGAAAGGAAAAACUUAGUUUUCUUGGCCGUUUCGAUGUUAAUGCAUUUGUCAAUUUUUUUUUUUUUUUUUUGAUAUUGAGUUUAUAAUAAUUUGGAAAAUUAGUCCUUUUCAGUCAUUUUUAGAUUUCGAGCGAACGAGUAAUGCAUUGGUUUUUCUAUUAUUUUUGUGCCGGCUGCUAACUUUGUUACCAAAUAUCUCGGUCCUAUCAAAAGCUAUUGGAACUUUCUCGUAGAAUUUUCGAUCCGGUUUGUGAGGUAAUAUUUCGUUUUUCCUUGUAGUUUUUUUCGUAAUAAAUGCGGAAAAACUGGCAAUUUUUUCGUAGAACUUUCGUUGAAUUCUGGGUACCGCGGGCAAAAAAACAAAAGAAACGAAUUGCGAGACACUAAUAAUGCACAGCUCAGAAUCGUUUUUCGUCAAAAAUGACGUACGAAAAAAAAAAAAAUGAAUCAAAUAAACGGCGAAGCGGCUAUGCCGCUUUUGCCUUCUUUCCCGUCGUUGUUUUUGGCACGCGAUUCGAACGCAGCCUAUAUUUAGUAUCCAUUUUAUUAUUUUAUAAUAUUAUUGAUAUCUUGAUGUCGACAAUUACGUCAGUUACGCGGAUUUCUACUCAAAAAACCGCGCGUACCUAAUAAUAAUAUCUUAAUCGACGUUCGCAGAACACGUACUCGUCGUUUGUUUUAAUGGUUCGGUUUAUUAAUAAUAUUUUAAUAUAUCGCGGGUAAACAGUAAAUGGCGAAAGACCGUUUCGGCGCGCGCGCGCGCGCGUGCUCGCGUGUUUACCGAAACGACGUGUGUUAAUAUACUUUCUUCGAAUGCUUACAAUAUUUGUAACGAUACUAUGUCAUAAUGUAUACGUACGGAGGUCUCCGAAAUACAUGUAAAUCAUGCGAACACGACCGCAUCAUAAUAAUAAUAAUAAUAAUAAUAUGUUCGGCACGGUAAUAAUAUAAUCGGGUGGGCGAAAACCGUUUUUAUUUACUUUUUUCUUUUUUUUUUCGGUCAACUCUUAAAAAGAAAUCUUUUAUAGGUAUCGUCUGAGCGAACUAAAUGUUUAAAAAAAAAAAAAAAAACCUACGAGCAUUUCGUACUACAUUCGAAUUCACCGAAUUGUUUGAACACCGCCGCGCAGUUUAGACCGGGCCUAAUAUCGCCGGUAUUCGGCAAAAAUUUCACGUAUCUAUACGAUUAUUGUUUAACCGAAACUACAAUACGAAAAUCUAAAUCUAAAAAAAAAAAAAACGUAACUUUUUUAAAAUAUACGCGGUUUGGGCGAUAAUUUCGUUUUAUGAAGAGGAUGCCGACAUACUUGCACCAUUCGCGGUACAUUUCCGUCUAUAACGACUUGGCACGUUUUCGUUCAAUAGAGAGACAACUUUGUGCUGUUUUAGUUUUAAAGAUUUAUAAUUCUCCGAAAACUUCGGGUUCUUAUUAUUUACUAACCGAAGGAUUAUUUUUACUCGAAUUACAAAAAAAAAAUGUAAAUCGUUAUUGCCGUAAACGUGUAAAUAUACUCAGAAAACUACAAGGAAAAUGUCAAAUAAAUAACCGCCUCAAUGCCGCCGAAUAGUUAGUAGAUACAGACUAUGUUUACAAUAAAUACGCUACACUCAAAAAUCGGUAUAAGAUUUCCGGCAGAAAACUCGUUUACAGACACAAAAACUAAAAAUUAAUAAAUAAAAACUCGUCGAGGUAAGCAAAACCAACUCAUCCAUAUUCAAACACUGCAGAUAACAUUUUUUGUCAAUAUCUUCGACUUUGAUUACAUACAUUACAUUACACACUUCCGAAUUUCAUGUUACAGUCAAAAUUUCUAUGAAAGAAUUGGUUUUUCAAAAAAUGACUUUUUUUUUGUUGACACAAUUAACUGUUUUUGAUUUUCAAAUAGCAACGUAUGUUAAAAGUUCCAUUAGUAAACGGAGUAUCAGUUAAAAUACAUUUUAGAAUUGACUUUUAAACGUAAUUAAAGGAAGAGUAAUGGCGAAGCAUCAUUUGUGUGGCGGCACAGCGCGUGACGUGUUCUGCUACUCUUUCUCUCUGUACUUAAAUUCAAAAGUAUUGUUAAGGUAUUGUAAAGUUAAUUAUUUAAAAACAGUUAACUGUUAACAGCCCCAAAAAUAAUGGCAAUGUAACAUUUCAGAAUAUAUAUCAUGAUAGUGAAGUUUUUAAAUGAGUGAAAUUUGAAAGAACUUGCACGUACUUAGGGCAAAUUCACUCAUAAUAUUAAUAAAACCAACAGCGGUGUUCUUUUCGUUCUCUGUAAUAAUAUUCUAACUUUUUGUUUUCGUUGGCAUUGGGAAAUUGCGCUCUACAGGUGCGCACAACACGCGACUCCCUGCGAGUGCGCCGACCACGCGCGGCGGUUUAUAAACAGUCGUAAUUAAGCGCCGAUGACGUAUUUAAAUCGUUUUUCUACGUAGAUAUACGAUUUUUCUCUCUCUUAUAUUCGUCUCUCGUCAAACGGUCAUUUUUAAUAUUUUAAGUAGGUACUCGGAAAUUAUUUUAAACAGAAUAACAUAAUAAUAUUUUAAUAUCGUCGAGCUUCUUGUAAUUAUUUGUUUCCACUUAAAAAUCAUUAAUUACAUUUUCUCGCGCGGCGACCAAGGCGAUUGUUCGACGUUAUCGUUAAAGAACGAUUAAAUGUUUAACGUUAAUCGUUAUAAUAUAAUAUAUACAUAUUUUUUACGAGUUUUGUAAUUUUAUAAAUAUAAAUAGUUACAACCGGUCGUUUAAAUCGGCUACUGUAAUGGUAAUGGUCGCCAUUGGCGUUCGAUAAGAACAUCGAUAUACCUACGUGUUAAUUGAUUCCAAAGACAUUUCGGUAUCCACCUAUGCGUCCAAAUUAUACAUUCUCGUGGAACGCGAUUUUCGAGGACAAUAUAAAUUCCGAGCAAAUAUUACCAACGUUUGAUGUCGUUGUUUAACGGUUUGUUUACGUGGUAUUUAUUUUAAUGUUUGCAGGCGAUGCUACACCAGAUAUUCUCCAAGGGACCGUUCACGCAGGGCAUAUUCAGAAAGUCCGCGAACGCCCGGCUGGUCCGGGAACUCCGCGAGAAAAUGGACACCUGUGACGACGUUUGCCUGGAAAACGUGCCGGUGCUCGUCACCGCGGCCUUGUUCAAAGACAUGCUGCGCUCUCUGCCCGACCCUCUGCUGUGCACCAGUCUCUUCCCGAAAUGGAGGUCCGCCCUGGACUGCCAGAACCUACCCACCAAACUCUACAGAAUCAAAACGUAAGCCCAUUUAGCCCGUCCUAAAACUCACCCCGCGGAAAUAUUCCGACGGCGGAAAUUAAUAGUUAAUAAAUGUCUCUCUGUGGGUACUUAUUAUGUAUUCGUCUUGUUUCCGCAGGAUUAUCGAUCAGUUGCCUAAACCCAACUACCAUCUGUUGUGCCACUUCCUGUGCGUCCUGUACCACAUAUCCCGACGGUCUACGCACAACCUCAUGUCGGCCGCCAACCUGGGCGUGUGCGUGGGACCCUCGCUGCUGUGGUCCGAUUCGCCCGCCAUGUGUCCGACCGAAGACUUGCGCACCGUGCCGGCACUGGUCGAGAUUCUCAUUACUCACUGCGAACUGCUGUGCGGGCCGCACGUGCCAAACCUACUCGGUGACCCUCGAGAUUCCGGCACCGAAGAAUCCGACUGUACGUUUCCGCUCCUCGUAACCUCUCCUAUAUACGAUACGCUUUUAUCAUUAUAAUUUAUAUUUUGUUUUUUUUUUUUGUUUGUUUUACAGCCAUGAGACGGGACGACAGCUCCAUCGACAGCCUGGAAGUAAGCCCGCCACCCAGAAAGGACCAGAUAUCCUUGAGUCGUGAUUCAGGGCUAACGCUGUCCGACUCGCAGCUCUACACGCCGGACGAGGAGGAGAGCGGGUCGACCAGCUCGAGCGGAUACGACCCGGCGUUUGACCAGGCGCAUCACUCGGCGACCAUGAAGAAUAGCAGUGCGACGGCAGCCGCUACGCCCCCGACCGCCGCGGCCACGUUGUCUUCGAUGCCGGGUGAAUACGUGCGCGUAUACGCCGGCUGGGAGGACCGGAAGAACGUAAACUUCCAACGGCAGGCCUGGUUUCGGCAGAGAUCCAAGCGGUUGUCUGGGGCUGCCAGUAAAGAGGCCGUUCGCCGGAGCGCUUCAGAAGAGUCCGUACUUGACGGAAAUGUGCCACCCCCGACACCGCCCCGCCGGUCCAAGCCCGCCGCGGUACUCCAGUCCUGCAACAACCGGAUAUCUCUACCUCCCGUCCCUCAUUCACAACAGCAACAGCAGCAAAACCAAGACUUGCAACAGUACCACCGUAAGAUGUCCUCAGACUAUUAUAACGUGCAAGUCAUCAACAAGUCGGAAGUAGUUGUCGAAUCACUGCACCCGAACAACUACAACACGGAACUGACCAUCAAACCGGUGGCCGCCAAAGAGGACCAACCUCAGCAAACAGCGGUGCCUGUCCGGAGGAUGGUGCAGACCGGUGAAGUAGUCGACUGCAGCAGUAGGAGGUACUCGGGUAACUUGCAGACCGACAGUUGCAAAGAAGAGGACUCUAGCACGCUAUCGGACGAAGACUGUACGCCGCACGUGUCCCGGAGCAAUUCCCGGGGAAAUGAAGUGGCCGCCGACUCGUUGAAGUUGAGGCAGCACCAACUGCAGCCGGCACCGGCGGCGGCGUCACCGACCACACCACCGGUCCACGUGGACGGCACCGUCCGACUCCGUGGCCGGUUGAAGCGCAAGGAGGAGAAGGCCGCUGUUGCCGCGGCUCGGUCCAGGUCGCUACCUCCGCCUCCGCCGUACCGACCACCGCCGCCGGCCACCAACCGUCGGGCGCCCAUCACUUCGUAUUACCUGGGCGAAUGCAGCCAAGCCCAACAGCAGCGGUUCGUCGUGACGCGGACGUACGCCGACGAGGAGUCUUACGUUUGAAGUGCGGUUGUGUCUAGUAACCAACACUCGGUAUGAUAUAUUAUAAUAAUAUCGUCUCCAGUGCCUUUAAUCGCUGUCACCAACGCGUUUUGUAAAUAUUAAUAUUAUUAUUAUUAUUAUGAUUAUAUACACUUGACACAUAUAGAGUAUAAUAUUAAAAUACUACUUAAGUUACCUGUCGAUUUAAUAAUAAAGACAGGCUCUAUAUAGGCUGUUUCAGGCUACUGCUUUUUUUUUUUUUUUUUUUAAUUGUCCCUGUAUAUUGACAAUAAAUUAUAAUAAUUUUCUUUUAAUUUUUUUUUUUUUUAUAAAUAUAUAUAUUAAAUAUUAUAUACGUUAGGUAGUAUGAUAAGCAAAAUGUAUUCAAAGUGCUCAUCGAAACGAUCAAAUAUAAUAAUAUUAUUAAUGUUAAGAGUAAUUGCACAAGUACAAAAUGUUGUCGUACGCCACAUGUACGUACACAAAAUACCAGCCCCACUAGACCGUAAAAUAAUAAAAAUAGGUAACAUAAUAUUGUGUUUUCUUCGAAAUGUCAAAAUUCUAUUCUAUUAUGAAAAUUAUUUUUAAGUAUUAUAAUAUAUAUUGUAGGUAGAUCGACAGAAUAACAUUCUGAAGCACUGCGAUUAAACUCGUGUACAGUAUUGUAUUUUUAAUUUUUUAAAAAUUCUUAUUUAUAUUUUUUGGUUUAAUAAUUUAUCGUACUGCAUAAGACUAAAACUAAAAAAAAAAAAAAAAAAAACAAAAAAAAUUACUUUAUCAUUAUAAAUAACGGUUUCCGUGCACACUACUCGUAUAUAUACCGGAGAAACAAUUAUUUUUUAAAAAAAAUUUUUAUAAAACCUAAUACUAUGUUAUAAAAUGUAUUUAAAUUUAGUUCAUGUAUUUUACACUAAAUCCAAGCAUCUGUAAAACAUGAAAUAAUAUUGUAUGCUUAUAUUUUUUACCUUGUAUGCGAUUAUAUAUAUUAUAUUUAUAUACGUACACAUUAUUAUAUCUUAUAAUAUUACAAAAAGAAAAUUGUAUUUUAACUAUAUUUUAUCAUGUAACAUUUAAAAAAAAUGUUAAAACGUGUUUUGUAUGUGUUUAUUUAUUUUUGUUUGUACAUUUUCAUUGGUUUUUUUUUUUUAACUUGUUAAACAUAACUUUAAUGACGAUGUUAUUCAAAACUGAUCAAUAAUCUUAUAUAAUAUUGUAUCAUAUAUUAUCGUGUAAACGACUAUAAUUACAUUUGCUGAUUUUCAUUUUGAAUGAAAAUAAUAAAUUAUAUGUAAUUUUGUUUGAAUUUUUGUUGAUUGAUUGGUAUGUUAAAUAAACACACCAAAAGGUGUCUAAAAAAAUUUAAUAUUGAAUUACAACUAUUGAGUUAGGCUGUGCACACCACAACUCCAAUACUGUGAGUUUUGAAAAAACAAAUGAAAAUCAUGGCAAAAACUAGUGCCAUUAGUAGUUACUAGAGUUAGGAAAAUACGAAAAUAGGAAUUAAAAAUGUUGAAAAACAACGUUAAAAACAAAAAAAA